UAAAAUUAUAGUGACUUGAUAACAAAGCCAGAGCAACUCAUGCUCUUCUACUAUAUCAAACCAUUUUCCACUCCCAAUUUUGCAUUUUCCCAACCACCAUUUCUCCACAUUUCCAUCUCUCUCUUCGUUUGCGCUGUUUGAUGGGAAAAUGAGAGAAAGAAUGGAAAGAUUCGUUCUUCUUCCUUUCGCCAUCGGUUGCAUUUCUGAAUCGAGCGUUGCUGUUGGCGGUGUGCAGCAGCAGCGGCCCAGAAGAUCAAAACCGGACACAAAUCCGUCUGCAAUAAGAACUAAAGAAGCCGAAGAGGAAGAAGAUGAAGAAGAUAGAAUAUCCGGCGAAAGCAUGAAGAACACGUUUAGAUCCCUGGCUCUUCCAAAACCAAACAUAUCAACCGGUGUUCAUAGGCUCUUCAAGGGUUUCAAGAACUUCUCUCAGUUAUUUGUUUACAAGGAUGAUAUGGAAGAAGUGCUGGAAAUGGAUAUGGAAAUAGGGUGUCCUACAGAUGUGAAGCAUGUGACACACAUAGGUUGGGACGCUUCUGCUUCCGCUGCCUCUGCAACAACUGAUCCUGUUAGGGGCUGGGAUAAUCUCGUAUCGCCUGAUCUGCUCUCUGUUUCCCCUCUUUCUUGAGCUCUCUGUGCCGUCACAAGCUGAAGCUGCAGUACCACCUCUUGUUCAUGGCUCUUCUUCUUAAUUUGUUCAACAGAGAUUGGUGGAUGUGAUUAUAUUUAAGACAUUAAGGGCUCGUUUGGUGCCUAGGAUUUCCAAAAUAGAAAUCGAAUCCUCUGUCUCCCCCGCUACGUACAUUUCCACUAUGACUCUUGAAGGUGUAAUGGAUGAUAUACAAUUAUGAAUUUAAUACAAUUAUGAAUUUAUGGUAA